AUGUACUGCCAGCAACUGCCCUGCAUCAUCCAAAAACUACUCCAGGAACUAGCCUCUCCCUCCCACCCCUUCACCUCUGACGAACAGAAGGGCCUUGUCAACCAUCUGCGCACACAGCUCUUCAUCAUCAAGAUCCUCUGCUACUGCAUGUCAUACCACUGGGCCUGGCACCGCGAGCAGGUCGCCCUCGCCAGCAUCCGCGACCCUCCCCCCACGCCCCACCACCCCAGCCAGGCCCCCAAGCCAUUGCUCACAGACUGGCUCGACGACAACCUUGCCAAGCAGCUUGUCGCCACCAUAAGCUUCUUCCUCAAGGAGCACCAGCGCUUCAAAGAGGCCGCCGCCGCCCUUGGACCCAUUGGCACCCAGCCCAGCAGCAUCAACAUCAACAGCAACACCACCAGCAACGCCUACGAGCCGCACCGCAAAGCCACCCUGGCCGCCGCAAACCCGCACUUGAUCUUUGGCCUUGCCCCCGGCAGAGACGGCAACAAGAAGCCAAUUGUUCCCUCCCUCAUGGUUCUGCUUGCUCAACCGCCUCCGCCUGAGCUCUCCGCCCAGUUCGUCCAUCUCAAGCGCCCCGCCCAGUCCGACAUCGCCCUUGCCCUCCGUUGCGCCAUCUGGAACUGGAUCAAGACCUACCCCAACGAGUAUGCCGGGCUGGUCCGCUCCAACGGCCGCCUUGAGGGCGCGCCUGGCGUGCUCUUCAACGUUGCCCACGGCCUGUCCGAGAACUGCAAGAAGCGCGCGUGCACCUGGCCGAUGAUGUCCAUGCUCCUUGCCGUCUGCCCGGACAUUGUCCUCAAGAUCACCGUCGGCAACUGCAACCGCUCCCAGGUCACCGCGCGCAAGGCCGCGUUCAUCGAGAGUCUGCGCAAGCAUCUCAAGGCGGUCAAGAUGGCCGACGUGGCCACGGCGUGCUGCGUGGACCUCUGCAAGGCCGCCACCUUCUUCCCCAAGACAACCACCAAGGGCCCCGGGCUGUGCCUGCUUGCCCUCAACCUCGUCUCCAACCUCAACGCGCGCCUGCUCGACCCCGCCAAGCCGUUCACCAACGCCAACGGCGUCGUCAAGAUCCCGCUCAUGUCUGAGGCCCUCGCCGCGCUCUGCAAGCUUGACAUGGACACUUUGUCAACACCAGGCGAGCAGGCGCAGGAGCGGGGGGACAACAACAACGGCAUGGCAAACUGGAACGUCAAGCUCCAGGAGCUCUACCCCGCCAUCGCCUCUUCCCUGCGCCACGUGUUCAUGAGCGCAGUGAUUGAGUCAAACCAGUUCCACAUCCUCAUGUGCUUGCACUCAAAAAUGAUGGCGGGCAAAGAGAACGGGCAGAAGACGGAGAUGGUGCGCGCGCUGCUCAACCUGUGGACGCAGGACUGCAAGCUGGCCUUCUUUGUCGUGCCCGCCGGCGGGCGGAGCGCGCCCCUCCCCGGACGCUUUUCCCACGAGCUCAACUCGCGCCUGGCCUCGGGCGCCGACAACAUCGACUCGGAUGACCUGGAGAUGUUCACCCACCCCAUCGUUGGCACCGCCAUUCUCAAGGCCCUCCUGGACUCCUGGGUCUUCCGUGAGGAAGAGCGCGAGGUGCUCCAGCUGCUCAUGGCGUAUCUCGACCGGCUCAAGGAGGCCGUCGAGUGCAGCAAACGGGCCUCCAAUGGCUUCUACGGCUUCGCAAGCAAGGCCAGCGCGGCCGACUGGCACAUCUUCGGCCACCUGCUGCGGCUCGCCGUCCCGCUGGGGCUCUGCACCGUUGACCACGUCUUCGAGAAGUUCCCCGCCGUCCUCCGCCUCUGCGGCCUCAAUGCCAAGCUCUCCUCGGUCCAGCUCUUGGCCACCUUGCAGGGCCUGCCCAACGGCGGCAAUGGCUUAGGUGGCCGGGUCGCCCAGGCCCAGCGCGCCAAGCUCAUCAUGCCCCUCUCCGGCGAAGGCGUCCUCUUCCGUCCCCUCUCCUUCCCCUCCUUACUCCCCUCGCCUCCUUAUUUGUUUGCCCUCGCCGCCUUCUACAACCGUCUCAAGCUCCGGCCCCGACACGCCCUCCGCAACCCGCCCUUCACCAACCCCGACGUUAUCAAUGUUUGCCUCUUCAGCCGCCAUUACGACUAUCUUUCCUUCUUGCUCACCGAAGUCACAAAGCUGGAGGCUGUUGCGGUUUGCAGCCGGAAAGGGAAGAUGGUGGCCGGGGGGAAAAUUCAGCAGGACGGGGGCGGGGGCGUGCUGGAGCAGGCGGCGGCCCUGCAACGCAAGCUGGCCUCGAUCACCCGCAAGAUCGUCAAGCUGGCCGGCUUCCGCAAGCAGACCAUCAACUGUCUCGUCAAGCUCAUGGCUGCAAACAUCGACCCCGCCUUCCGCUACUUUGUCAACAUGUUCCAUUACCCCGACAAUCGCAUCAAACAGGCAAAUACCCACAUCCUGUGGGAGGUCGUGAAGCAGGGCGGCCAUCUUCUGCCUGAGCUCGUCAAGCCUGUGCGGGCGACUGGCUUGGACAAAAUCGUUGAUAUGAUCACGCGGCCCGACCUCACGCUUGCCCUUGCUAUCUGCAAGGUCUGCGGGUCCGCCAACUUCAAGGAAGUGACAGAGGUGAUCCUCAAUAUCUUUGACUAUUGCAAAGGCGUCAUCAAGUUCCUGAAGGCCUCGAUCAAGCGGGAAGUUGCGGUGACAGGCGCGUUGUCCUGCAUGCCCCACUCUUUUUAUGUACACAUAUGGCUGACGACACAAUGA